UAAGGCGCGCCGCUGAUGACGCCACAAGUUGUUCGACAAGCAGCUUUCGUUAACUGUCUAUGAGCACAACAAGGAAGUGCCUGUCUGGCUCAACCCGUUUGGACGGAGCGACUUUAUGAGCUAUGCUUUUCCUGUAGCACAGGAUGCCUGUUGAAAGCCUGGAGGAAAGGACAGUGGAGGUGCUGGGGCUGCCUGCAGCAGUGGAUGAGGAGCUGCUCUUUCUGUACUUCGAGAAUAAGCGCCGCUCCGGGGGAGGUCCACUCGUCUCUGUGGAGAAGAAGGGUGACCGCGCCAUAUUGGUGUUUGAAGAGGCAGAAGGCAACCCAAGUGCUGUUCCAAAAGGGCACCACGUUCUGCAUAAUGUGGAGCUGAGUGUGAGAAAGCCGGCCUCAAAGGACCCAUGUAGACUGCUGCUGCGGGGGAUCAACCCCAACACCAGCACAGAGAUGAUAGAGCUCUAUGUGGAGAACAUGAUGGACUUGAACGUGCUUGACUACGCUCUGUAUCCCUUGCCGGGAAGAGACUUCAUUCUCAUUCACCUCAGCCAACCCUUCUCGAAAGACUUCCAAAACCUUAGUGCUAAAAUCUCUAAGAGGAAACUCGACGGGGCCUUGGUAACUCUUGAACAGACUGAGCAAACUGACUCUGUCUUAGUGGAGAACCUGCGCCCUAGCACCACUCCAGACAUGCUCACUUUGUACUUUGAGAGUGAGCGAGGUGGGAAUCAGAAGGUGGAGGAGGUCACAAUGCUUUCAGAGGGUAGAGCCAAGGUGUCCUUUGUCAAUUAUGAAUCUGUGGGCCCUGUCCUGGCUCGCCCCCACAAACUGGAAGGCGCUGAUCUUGUUGUGGUGCCGUACCUCGACUGUCUUCAACCCACGGAAAGAUUAACGUCACAAGACUCUGGAAUUGGCAGCCAAGAUAUGACUGAGAGAAACUUGGAGGAUAUUGAGAUGCAGACUAGUCCUCCCGUGGCGGUCCAUGCAAACAGACCGCCCUCCCCUCAGAUGGCCUUGAAGCCUCUUGCUGCACAGGUAGCAGUAGAAGAAGCGGCAGAGGAAGUCAUGGACCAAACGGAGGACGAUGAUACGCUAUUAAGCCACGUUGCUAUCGCUGACCCAGUAAAACUCGCUUUGUUUCAACUCAGCACCUUUCGGAAGGACACUGAAAAGGCUCACCCGAGUUUCACCAUCCAAAUCAAAGACAAUGGCGUGCACAUUGCAGGGACUGACAGGCAAAAGGUGGAGCAGAUAAAGAACGCCAUCUUGGACUGUUUUGGCAAAAUGGCUGAGACUCAUUUCACCGUCGAGCCAGAAAAGGCGCAGUUCCUUGCGAGAGAAGAUGUAAAAGAGCGUUUACUGCAAAGCAUGGAUCAAACUGGGUCACCUGCUAUGUACAGCGUAUCAGACUGUAAUGUCAAGGUAACCUCCCUCUCCCAGGACUCUAUUAACCAGGCAAAUAGCUUUUUGAAAUCCCAGCUGUGUCACUUCAGCAUUCGGGUGGACACGGAAUACGAGUGCAUGUUAUAUUGCAGAGAGUGGACAGAUUUCCUGAAGGCUCUGGGUUUCUGCUCUGUUAAAGUGUCCGACGGAGGAGGCGAAAUUGACGUGGUCACUCUGAAAGGUAUGGAGAAUGAGAAGCAGACUGCAAUCAUGGAGUUUCUCACUACACCCAUUGAAAGGGAGACGGUCAUCUCUAUGGAGCCAGGCAUGCUGAAAUACAUCCAGAUUCAUUGUCACCAGCUGCUGGCUGACAUGGCCCAAGUGUCUAUUUUCCCACUAGAAGCAGAGGACGUCUGUGGGUUAAAGAUCCAUGGCCCUGCUACUGCUUGUCAAAUGGCUGAGGAGGUGUUGCAAGGCGUGGUGUCCUCUAUCUGCACCAGAACCAUCACUGUGAACGCUCCCGGAGUGACUCGGUUUUUCGACGAGAAGGAGUGCAAGAGCAUCAUGGAGGAGAUGGAGAGAAAGUUUCAGGUCUAUAUCAGCACGAAGCAUGUGCCCUGGGAAUUCCUGCCACACCAGGACUUUUUAGAAACUGCGUGGGACAUGAUGUCCCACAAAAACUUCCAGAAAGUGUCUUUGGAUGGUGCUUCACAGGAAUUAAAAUCAGACUCGAUGCAAACGGAUCACAAUGGAGUUCCUGGCAACGGCCUUUUAGAGGAGGCAAAGAGAAUCGUCUCAGCCGUCGAUGAAAGACCCGAGGGAGGUGUGUCCAAUUCCGACCAACCUGAUGACAUGGAUGGCCUGGACCUGUACACGGCAGAGGAACCGACCAGCCUGACAGACCAAGACUCUUGUGUGACUUCUGUCGAUGCGUCUCAGCGCUCGACUGAAGGGAACGCUGCGAGUGGGUUAUUCGCGCAGAGCGAUGGAGCUCGGGGCCUUUCUAGCAACCUUGAAGAGGAGGCCCAGCUUUCUUUAGCCAUUCAGUACUCUAUGGAGUCCAGCCAUUGGUCCCUGGAGGAUGAUGAGGAACAGCUGCAAAAAGCCUUGGAGCUGUCCAAGAAAAUGAUCCCACAUGAAGCAUCUUCCGGUUGUACUGGCAAGAAGGUGGGCCGGCAGAAGAAUAAGGACCCCAACGUGUCUUUACAGGACGCCAUCAAGGCAGCCAACACCAUGCAGUUGCUCGUCUUCGCAGGUUAUAACUGCGACCUGAUUCGGGUGGACAUAGCCUUCGGGAAGAAGGUCAGCCAGAGACAGAUCGAGGAGAAACUAGAGCACAGGGCUGUGAAGAACAUGUCAGAGUACCACAGGAAGUGUCUGGAGGUGAUCAAGAGGAAGCACGGGGUGGAGAUCCAGAUUCAGGGCACCAUAAUCACCGUUUCUGGCUUCAAGGAGUACGUGCCCGGAGGACUGUGUGACGUGAAGCUGCUGCUGGAGAGAAUCUCCAACUCUGUCUCCGACCGGGAAAUCCUGCGGACUGUCCAGUGGGCGUACCACGAUCCGGCCACUUCGGAGAAGAUUCCUUAUUCGCCCGAUGCCACUGUGUUCAUCGAGAAUGCUCUGAGGCUGAGGCGGAAAAAGGUGGAUAUCUUGCUGGACAAUCAGCCCCACGUCAUCGACUUUGAGAAGAUGGAAGAACACAACGUAGCUUCGGGGAAGUCUGUGAAAAUCUCCAGGAAAUUGCCCGAGUUGGGGGAUUUGGUUGAGGAUGUACCAGAAGAGGAGUACUCUCUGCUGUCGAACCUGCCCGAAGCCACCAAAAUCGACGAGGAAUCGGACGAAUUUCAGGAGGUGGUGAAGAAUUUCUACGAGACCAUACAGGAAUACCACAGCAAAAUCCGAAUCAUACAGGUGGAGAAGCUCAUGAACCGACUGCUGUACAACCAGUACAAGUUGAAGAAGGCGAGCGUACUGCAGCGCGCCACGUAUCCGGAAAUUGAGCGGACUCUCUAUCACGGCACGAGUGAGAAGUCUGUGAAAGAGAUCUGCGUUCACGGAUUCAACAGAAGCUUUUGUGGAAAGAACGCCACUGUCUGGGGUCAGGGGGUGUACUUUGCUGUCAACUCUGCGCUGUCGGUCCAGGAGCAGUAUUCCCCCCCGAAUGCAGACGGAUACAAGUUUGUCUUUGUGUCAAAAGUUCUAACCGGAGACUACACUACAGGAGACCAUUCGAUGAAGACCGCCCCGCUGAAGGAGACCGACGGUAUUCCGCUCCGAUACGACAGCGUGACCGAUGACAUCACGAAGCCGUCAAUGUUUGUCAUCUUCAACGAUACGCAGGCUUUUCCUGAAUAUCUCAUCACAUGCCAAAGAGUCCACCGCUGAGGAAACAUUAGGACUUUAAGUAUGGAGGAAUAAAGGACUGCUUCUUUUAGGUUUUUACCUUGUUUAGGAAAAAGUGCAUUUGAUUCAUAAAGGGCUAAUUAUUAUUGUUAUAGUGUACUGUUUUUGUUUUUGUUUUUCAUCAAGUACCUUGCUGUUGACUGUUUAAUCAGUCGCUGUACUUUCAGAUCUUCGGUUUAGUCCAGUCUGACCAAGAGAAACUCAAACAACUGAAACCCAGAAGCCCAUUUUAGUUAAGUCACUUUAAACAUGCUCUUUCAGCACAGAUGUGACUCAGCAGUUAUUGCAGGACAUUUCCCUUUUCAUUUUGAUACCACAGACACGCCAAUUAUUAUUUUCCAUGAUUAAACAUUGCAAGCAUCCAAAGUAUGUUGAUUUUAAAAACAAACAUAAAUGAUAUGCUGCACAUAGUUCAUUUUAUUAACGUGAAUAUGACAGUUUUUUAUAAAUUACUUACUUUCAGGUUCAGUGGUUUGAGUUACUCCGUAGUGUGCAGGUUCUUCUAGGUGAUAUGAAAAUAGUUAAGAUAACUCUAAUAAUAGCUCCUAAAUGUAGUUACAGUAACUACCUGGUUAUGUUAGAAAAACAGCAGUUCCAGGUCCACUGCUUUACCUUUUUUAAGAAAAUGUUAUCAAAAAAAUGAUACCAAGAAGGAAAAUUAGGCCUAGAUUGAAAAUAAUCAUGAAUUAUAAGUUUUAAGCUAUCUUGUCAAUGUUAAGCUCUGCACAUCUAUCGCAUUUAAAAUGAAUGUGUGUUCUUAUUUUAAUAAAACAAAAAAUCUGAGUUAAGCCUUGUGUGCCAUGUGCAAAACGUGAUGGGUCUUGAUUUCCUGUUCCUUACUUGGAGCGGUGAACAAAUGCUGCAUCUGCAGACGACAUGAUUGAGUGAAGUGCCUCUUUUGGAGUCCCUUUUGGAUUAAUGAUAUUUGGGUUUUGUUCUGUUUGUGACUUCUGGUCGGGAGAUGUGUUUACCAAAGAUAUUUUUUUGUUAGUAUUUUUGAUUGUAUUGUAAGCAUUCAUUUUUUUUCUUUUUUUUUUUUAAAAAGGAAACAUGAAGGCAUUGCAGUCUAAAGAAAGAUCAUUAUUAUUUUUAAGAAAAGAAAAAUAAAGCUUAAAAUGAGAUACCAUUAGGAGUUUCUUGGGAAUUUGUUUUGAUCAUGCGCUCAGUUGUAUUUACCAGAAAUAGGCUACUGUAUAGAAUAUUAUAUAUGAAUAUAUUCAUAUAUAAUAAUGUAAAUCUGAAUUGAAUAUUUUUUUUAUACUACUGUCUACUCCACACUAAAACAAGAACGUCAAGAUCUCCCAAAAAUGUUGCUUUAGACAUUUCAGUACACUUUUUUUAUUCAAUAACGUCAUACUCAGAGUUAUUUUCGCUUAUGUAGAAUUGCAUCUGGCCCCCUCGUUGUGUUAGGGACCCCUGAAUUUAAAGGAACCGUUGGAUCUGCACCCUCAUUUAUCCAGGGAAUGUUGCUUUGAAUAGUGGAAUAAACUGUACACACUAAACAUA